AUAAAUUGUCUGUUUUUAAAUGUAGAAAAUUUUUUCAUUCCACUAACUUCAAAUCAAGUAACGUUUAUGGUUAGUGGAUGAAUGAUAUGAAUACAAAAAACACAAAAAUACACAAUCUCAUAGUAAAGAAUACAUAAAACUAUAAUUAUCAAACUUUUCAUACGAUAUAAAUGUUACACGUAAAAUUAGAAGCUUUUUAAACAAAUAUCUCUAAAUAUUUAAUUAACUAUUUAAUUUAGUAUCUUAAAUUUAUAAUCUAUUUUUUUUUCAUGAAAUUAAUCAUAAUUAUGUGUGAUGUAAAGACAUAAAGUUGAGAAAAAUGUAUAUUUUUAGAAAUAUUUCGUUUUGUGUUUGUCAUCUAUUACUUUCUUAUUCAAUGUUCUAUGUAUGUAUGUAAAUAAUAUCAUAUUAAGUAAACACAAUACAACUUUUGUUUACCAGGAUAUUUUAUUAUAUGUAAUUCUAACAUUUUUAUAGUCCUUUAAUAUUCAUUAAAAUGUCGAAAAAGAUUCCACUUACUCAAAAUGACAUACAACCUACAUUUAAAGGAUUUAUCGAACGUAUGAAAAAGAAAAGUGUUACACGAUCUAGCACUCCUAAGUCAUCAAAUACAAAUAUAAGACCAGAUGAUAUACCUAAGGAUUUUGAACCUUCUAAUACAGAAAAAUUAGAAACGAACGAUAAAACAUCAUUUAUAUCUUCUGAUAACUUGAAUGAUUCAACAUGUAGUGCUAUUAAAAGUUCUAUAAAAGUAAAUGACAAUUUAAACAAUAGUGAAUGUCCUAAAAAGGAGACACCAUUAAAUGAAAAAAUUACGCCACAAUUCACUAAAUUCAAAAAUGUACAAAAAUCGAAAAUUAAACUUAAUUACUUAUCAGAUAGUGAAGAUGAUAUAGCGGUAAAACCAAUUUUAAGUUUAAAUAGAAAAAACAAGAUUCUCGAUAGUAGUGAUGAAGAACAAAUAUUAAAUAAAAGUUUAUCAGUUUUAAAAGGAGAUAAACCACUUGAGAUGUCUAUGCAAACAUCUAUUGGGAGCAAUAAUGUGCAAACAGAAGUACAAAAAAAAAAUUUAAUUGAAAAUAAUAGUCUAAGAACUCCAAAAAAAUAUUCUAAAUUCAAGGAUGAAGAAAAUAUUAUAAUAUCAGAUUCUGAUAGCAGCCCAAAUUUUAAACAAAACUCAAAAAGAGUUACAAAAGAAUGGAUAGGACCUGAUUUCAAAUUAGAUUUAAAACCUUUAGGCUUAGGAAAUCAAUUAGAUUCAUGGAUACAAUACGCAAAAGAGAAACCAAUAAUGUCUUCAGUACCAAUUACAAAAGAUAAAUUAGAAGAUAGAUAUAAAUAUUUAAAAGAUUUUCAAAUAGAAAUUCUUAAUAAAUUUUACACUGCAUUAGAUCAAAUACCAUUGCCAGUGUUAGAAAAAUUUCCACAGUUUAAUGUAAAUACAUAUAAAAAUUUAAAAAUUUUAUAUCAACAUGUUAAAGCAAAAAUACGUUUAGUUGAGACAAAGUUAGCACAUGUUAAAACUGAUGAAAAACAAAAACUUGCCGAUGAAGAAUUAUCUGAAGUUAGAAAUAAAUGCAUAAAUAAUUCACCAUUAAUCAAAAUACCUAAAACUUUAAAUCAGCAGUCAAUUAUAAGUAUUUCAGAUAGUGACGAUUUCAGUACAUCUAACAGUAAUUUAUUAGAUCCAGACUCAAGUUAUACUAUGAAAGCACAAACCACAACUUUGUCAACAGUAAAAGAAUUCCCCCAAUUAUUACAAACAAACAUCGAAUCGCAAGUGAAAGAUCAAAAGAAAAAUAUAGAUUUACAUUGUUCUGAACAAACUAAGUCAAAUGAUUCUCUAGUUCAAGGAAAAAAGAGUACAUUUCAAUUGAAAAGACCCGUCAAAGCAACAAUUGGGUCUGAAGUUUCUAAACAAAUAGAAGAAAUAUGGGAAAAGGAAGAAAAAUCCAAAGUUACUAAUACUAAAAGUGAAGUUUCUAACUUUAACACAGAUAUUAGUUUUGAUAAUAUAUACGAUCAAGAAAAAGUAGAAAUUAAUAAAAGUACAUAUUUUGAAUCGAAAAAGAAAGAAAAUUUUGAAAUUUCUGAAAAAUUAAAACAUGAAAAUAAACAAGAUGAUUGGAAUAUAGUAGAUGAAUCGUAUAUAGAAGACAAUAUCGCAUUUUCCGAAGACAUAGUUGAGAGUUUAACUCAAGAACUUCAACAAUUUCCUGCAUUGAGUAAAGAUUGUAAUAUAAACUCAAGUUUAUCAGGUCUUCCGACAAAAAUUUGGAUUAUAUUCAUUUAGACCAAACCAAUUGCAAGCAAUUAAUGCUGCAAUUUUGGGAUUUGAUUGUUUUGUUUUAAUGCCAACUGGAGGAGGAAAGUCACUGUGUUAUCAACUGCCAGCACUCUUAUUAAGUGGAGUAACCAUAGUAAUUUCACCAUUAAAAAGUCUUAUUCUUGAUCAAGUUCAUAAACUCACUUCUCUUGAUAUUCCAGCUGCACAUAUGUCUGGUGGAAUAACAGAUAGUCAAGCAGACGGAAUAUAUAGAGAACUUUCAAAGAAAGAACCAGCUCUUAAAUUAUUAUAUGUAACACCAGAAAAGAUUUCUGCAUCUCAAAAAUUUUGCAGUCUUUUAACUACAUUAUAUGAAAGGGGAUUAUUGACAAGAUUUGUUAUUGAUGAAGCACAUUGUGUUAGUCAAUGGGGUCAUGAUUUUCGGCUUGAUUAUAAAAAAUUAAGGCGUCUUAGAGAAAAUUAUCCUAAUGUACCAAUCAUUGCAUUAACUGCAACAGCUACACCAAGGGUUAGAACUGAUAUAUUACAUCAGUUUAUGUCAAGUUUUAAUAGGCCCAAUUUAAGAUACAGCAUAAUUGCCAAAAAAAGUAAAAAUUGUUCAGAUGAAGUAAUAGCUAUGAUAAAAACGAAGUAUAAGAAUGAAUGCGGUAUUGUUUAUUGUUUAUCUCGUAAAGAUUGUGAUGAUUAUGCAAUGCAAAUGAAAAGAAAUGGCAUUAGAGCAUUUAGUUAUCAUGCUGGCCUUACAGAUAAUAAUAGAAGUGAUAUUCAAGGACGAUGGAUUUCAGAAGAAAUCAAAGUUGUCUGUGCAACAAUAGCAUUUGGAAUGGGUAUUGAUAAACCAAAUGUGCGAUUUGUGAUUCAUGCAGCUCUUCCGAAAUCUAUUGAAGGUUACUAUCAAGAAAGUGGGCGCGCUGGACGUGACGGAGACAAUGCGGAUUGUAUAUUAUUUUACAAUUAUGCUGAUAUGCAUAGGAUUAGAAAAAUGAUUCAAAUAGAUUGCUCAAAUCCUAAUGUAUUAAAAACUCACAUGGAUAACUUAUUUAAAAUGGUAUCAUUUUGUGAAAAUAAAACAGAUUGUCGCCGCGCGCAACAACUUAAUUAUUUUGGAGAAAUGUUUGAUCGACAACAAUGCAUUGAUAACAAAGCUACAGCAUGUGACAAUUGUAGAAUUAAAGACGAUUUCAUCAUGUUAGAUGCAACAGAUGAUGCAAAAAAGAUUAUAAAAGCUGUACAUGAUAUUAAUCAAUUAAGAAAUUCUAAGCUUACGUUAGUACUCCUUACAGAUAUAUUUAAGGGAAGUGACCUCAAAAAAAUAAGAGAAUUAGGUCUAGCUAAGCAUCCUUUAUAUGGUUGUGGAAGAUCGUGGAAUAGAUGCAACAUAGAACGUUUACUCCAUCAUAUGGUGCUCAAAGAAUAUUUACAAGAGCAGAUGUAUAUAAAUAAUGAAAUUGCUUGCGCUUAUGUAAAAAUUGGACCAAAUGCGAAUGAACUCAUGACAACAAAAGAUGUAAAGGUGAUAAUUCCUACGAGAUCAUCUACUAGUAAUACUACUGCUGUAGCAACAGUGUCUACAGUUACGAAAAAAAUUGAUAAUGUACUUCUGGAUCUACAAGAACGAUGUUACAAAGAAUUAAUGGAAAUAAUAAAAGGAAUUGCUGGAGCGCUUGAUAUUUCAACAUCUUCAGUUAUGAAUAUGAUCGCAAUUAGAGCAAUGAGUCAAAAGUUUCCAGAUACUGAAGAAGCUAUGCUGCAAAUCCCACAUGUAACUAAAGCAAAUUUUGAAAAAUAUGGGAAAGCAUUAUUAGAUAUUACACAAAAAUAUGCUGCAGAGAAAUGUGCAUUAUUAAACGAAGAAAAAGAAGAUAGUAAUAACGAUGAUGAUAAUGAUGAUGAUUUGUGGUAUAAUGAUACCAUCUCUAUUAAAUCCAAUAUAGUCCGUGGUAAAAAGCGUAAAGGCAAAAAUAGUUACCGAAAUGCAAAUAAAAAGAUCAAACAGGCAGCAUCAAGUUCACAAAAAAGAAAAACGAAAACAACGACGAAAGCAAAAAAUACAACCAAUAACUUAAAUAAAGGUCCGGGACUCAUGAGCCUUAGUCAAAACAGGAAUCCAUAUAAAUAUAUGCAGAUCAAUUAAGAUACUUGUUUUUUUUAUUGUAUAUUUAUAUUUAAAAAAGCGUAAUAUUCUCUGUAACUUAGGAUAUAAUGUGUCCGUAAUAUGAUGUUGGCACUUUUGCCAUUUUAACUCAAAAUAAGUAGUAUUAUGUAAUUAAAAAAUCUCUAAAAAAUAUGUAUACAGAAUUUUGUAACCAAAUGAUUUAUUUUUAAUAAUAACAAUUAAGUUAGAUUAUUGAAAGAUACUUUUCUAAUUUUUUAUUUGUGUAACAAUUUGAUAAAUAUGCAUUAUCUAUCAUUUAUCUAUAAUCCCAUAUUAUAUUUACAACAGAUACUACUUAUUUAUGUACAAGCAAAAGAUAUAUUAGAUGUUUAAAUAAAUAACUUUUUAUUAUAAUAUAACUUUAUUCUUUCAUAAAGUUAAAAUAAAGAUUUAAGCUAUUAAGUACUUUAUAACUAGUACAUUACAAUAUUCAUAAUUCAGGUUGCAUUAUUCUUGCUUGACGCUCUUCAUUUUUUAUAUGUUUUUUUAGCAAAUCCAUAACUUCAUUGUCAAAUUCAGAUGGAGUGGGUUUUGCACCAGUAGCCCAAUAAAAUAUGUCCCAAUCAUUGGAUGGCAAAUUGAUAAGACAAUCAUACAAAUGUAGUUGUUUAUCAUUAAAGCUAGAUAGGUAUUUCUUAGCAAAUGUACUUAAAAGAAGACCAUUUUCUAACAUACCACGUUUACGAGAUUGAUACAAUAGUCGAGCUUUUUUAAUAUCUUUACUUUCUUCGUUACGUUGGAUAUAUAGUGGUAUGUCAGGUUCUCGGCUUUCUGGAUGAAUCACAUCUUGAAAGUCAUCUUUAUAAUUCAUACGAGUUGUUGAAAUACAUCUUAUUAAAGGUUUAACUACAGGUACAAAGGAUUUUACAAAAACAUUCAUUUCUAUUCCUUUAUUUUUCUUACGUUAAGAUACAAAAUUUAUUACGUCUUUUUACGAUUAGGUUAAGAUUACAUCAGUUGAUAGAUGAAAUGUUUCUGUAGUUUCUUAAUUAUAUAUAUUCUUAAUGUUCACAUAUGACUUCUAACAUUUGUUAUUAAGUAAAGAGAGUAAAUUUAAUUUAUUCUGGUGCAGUUGUCACCACAAACACUUUUGUUGAAUCAAUUAUAGCUAUAGCUAUUUUACAUUUAUAUACUUAUUUUAAAUAUAAUUUCCUCAACCAUAGUCUGCCACUGCUUUAUUUGAAAUAGAUUUUUUAUGAUAAUAAUUUAUGCAAUUGAUGACAAAUUUUUGUUGAUUGCUGAUUCAAUUAUUAUGCUAAAUAUAUAUUACUAAAUUAUAAUUACAUGUACUAAAUUAUAAUUAAAUGUAAAUAAGAAUCCAAGGAAAUGAAACAAAAUGAUUUCUAAUUCAAAAAGCAAUGAUUCCAUUUCUCCAAUGAAAGACACAACAUUAAAAAAUAUUAGAGAUCACGAUGAAAAUGAGAUAUGUACAUCUAGUCCUAAUAUAUAUGAAAGAACUUUAAAUAGUAUUGCACGUGAAUGGAGUAUGUGUGAUAUAUUUGAAAUAAACAAAAGUGAAGAAGAAACGCAAUGUGAUAAUAACAAAGAAAAUGAAACAGAUUUGCAAACAAAAGUUACCAAACAAAAUAUUAUAACUCAUUCUCAAAAUAUGCUUAAUGAAACAAAUAGUCAUUGGCAGGACAAUACAUUUUUAAAUAAAGCAUUUACACAGUUGGAUCCUUGUAAAUUAAAAGAUAAUAUUUUGGAAUGCUUAAUUCAGGACAAACAUGAGAACUGCUUUGAAAAAACAAUUUCCACAGAAAUCAUAGAUUCAAUGCAUAUGCCAAAGAAGGAACAAAAUGUCAAAUUAAUAAAAAGAAAUUCAGAUAGUUGUAGCAGUACUGUCCCACAUAAAAUAUGUUGUUUAGAUAAUCAAAUGAUUAAACAAGGUACAAGUAUUCAUUAUAACAAUUCAGUAAACGAUGAUACAUUUUAUGGUUUACCAAAUAAAGCAAAGGAACUUUUUUUACAAAUUAGGGGUAUUAAUUCAUUAUACCAAUGGCAAGAUGAAUGUUUAAAUUUAGAUGCAAUAAAAAACAGGAAAAAUUUAAUUUAUGCACUUCCUACUAGUGGAGGUAAAACAUUGGUUGCAGAAAUAUUAAUGUUGCAAGAACUUAUAUCUAAUAAACGAAAUGCAAUUUUUAUAUUGCCAUUUGUUGCUAUAGUGCAAGAAAAAGUAAUAAUAUUAUGCAGUGCAAGAAAAAGCAUAAUAUUAUGUUCACUAUACAAUUUUUAUAAUAAUUAAUUACAAGAAGUAUAUAUUUAUUUAUAAUUUUUAGGUUCAAGCAAUGACACCAUUCGCACUUGAAUUAAAUUUUUUAGUCGAAGAAUAUGCAGCAUCAAAAGGAACUUAUCCUCCAAAAAAACGUCGUAAAAAAAAUAGCAUAUAUAUGUGUACUAUAGAGAAAGCAUUAGGUUUAAUAAAUAGCUUAAUAGAAGAAAAUCGUUUGAACGAAAUUGGUAUUAUAGUUGUUGAUGAGUUACAUCUUCUUGGAGAAAGUGGAGGCAGAGGAGCUACAUUGGAAGUUCUUUUAACAAAAAUAUUAUAUGUUAAUGAUAAUAUUCAUAUUGUUGCAAUGAGUGCAACAAUAGGUAAUUUAGAAGAAAUAGCAACAUUCUUAAAUGCAGAGUUAUAUACUGGAAAUUUUCGUCCUGUAGAAAUUAAGGAAUAUGUGAAAUGUGAAGAAAAUAUUUGGUUACUUGAUUUUAAAACGGAAGAAUUAUUAACAGAUGUAAAAAAAAUUAAUUAUCGGUAUUCAAAUGACGCGGCAAUGAUAGAUCCUGAUCGAAUCGGAGGUUUGGUAAUGGAUGUAAUUCCAGAAAAUUCAUGUCUCAUAUUUUGCUCAAGUCGGAAAAAUUGUGAAAAUGUUGCUCUGUUACUAUGUAGAAUUUUAUUCAAAUCAUUCGAAAAUUACAAAAAAGUUGAAAAGGAAAAUUUAUUAAAUGCUCUUAAAAGCGAAGAAGGCCUUUGUCCUAUCUUACAUAAAACCAUAAAAGUGGGUGUGGCUUAUCAUCACUCUGGUCUUACAUCUGAAGAAAGACGAUUAUUGGAAGAUGCUUUUAAAGCAGGUACUUUGUGUGUAAUAUGUUGUACAUCAACAUUAGCAACUGGAGUAAAUUUACCAGCCAGAAGGGUGAUAUUAAGAAGUCCAUACAUUGGCAACCAAUUUCUAAAUUUAAGUAGAUACAAACAAAUGAUAGGAAGAGCUGGUCGGGCUGGUAUGGGAAAUAUAGGAGAAAGUAUACUUAUAUGCAAAAAUAAUGAAUUAGAAAAGGUAACAGAACUUUUAAGAUCUAAAAUGGAAGAUUCCUUAAGCACAAUACACGUGGAAAGAGAUAGAGGUAUAAAUAAUUUAAUUUUAAGUGCUAUAUUAUUACAAAUAGCGACGACUAGACUUGAAUUACACAAAAUAGCCAAAAGGACAUUACUCAAUAUUCAGCAAAAACGUUUAAAUGUGAAUAUUAAACAAAUCGUGGAUGAAACAUUAAGUGAAUUUCUAAAAGCUAGUGUUAUGAAAAUAAAGAAAAAAGAAAAAAAUGUUGACAAAUUCAAACCAAAUAUAAGUGUUGUUUUUCCGUCACAAAAUACAUCUUCUAACGACACAAAAGAAAGAAAAGGAAAAAGAAUAUUAGAGCUUACUAAUGAAACUGAAUUAGAAUUAUGCAGUCUUGGACGUGCAGCUAUGAAAGCUUGUAUUAAUAUGCAGUGUGCAUAUACAUUGUAUCAAGAUUUAAAAAAGGCUCAAGAACAUUUAAUUCUUAUUGAUUAUUUACAUCUUUUAUAUCUUGUUACUCCUUAUGAUUUAAUAUCUCAGAUAAAACUAAACGGAUUAAUUUAUUACGAUGUGGAUGUGGAACCAAGAGUGAUUCACAGAUUUUAUGUAACACUAAUAUUGUAUGAUUUGUGGUCUCAACAUGCAGUAUACGCUAUAGCAGAAAAAUAUGAAAUAAAUAGAGGUAUUGUACAAAAUCUUUUGACUGCUGUAUCAUCGUUUGCAUCUUCUGUGAUUCGAUUUUGUCAGGAAUUGGAUGAAUUUUGGGCAUUUAAAGAUUUAUUAAAUAUAUUUAGUAAAAAAUUAUCAUAUUGUUGUCCUCUGGAAUUAGAGGCAUUGAUGGAUUUGCCUUUAGUCAAAAUUGGUAGAGCACGUCAAUUGUAUAACGCGGGGUUUAGAACAGUACAGAUUAUAGCUAAAGCUCAACCAAUGGAUUUGCAAAAUAAAAUUCCAUAUCUGAGUAAAAAAACUGCGACACAGAUCAUUGGAGCUGCCAAAUUACAAAUAGUGGAAAAAUUAGAAGAUUUAAAGGAAGAAACACAAAAUGUUUUAAAUGGUAUACAUAUGAAUAAUUUGAGGGGUUUUUAAUUGUAACAUAGUACAUUAUAUAAUCUUAUAUAUCUAACAUCAUGCAUUAUAAUUUAGCUAUAAAACUUUAUUAAUUAUGAAUGAAAUACUUAUAAUAUUUGUAUAUUAUCUUAAAAUUUUUAUGAAUUGUGUUAAGCAUUUUAAGAAUAAUAGAUUUUUUAAAGUUAUUUAUGAAUAAAAUAGGUACAAUAUUUAUUAUUUUAAAGUUUUUAUAAAUGUGCCAAACAGACCAAUGUAUUCAAAGAAUAAUACAUUGUUUAAGCUGGCACAGAUAUUAAAUGUCCAAAAUGUGAUUGAUUUCAUUUGAAAAGGAUAUGACGUCAAAACAUUAUGGAACAUAUUUUCCAUAUCUUUAUAAUUAUUUUUAUUGGACGAAAUACAGUAAAUACAACAAAAUAAAUUUUACUAAAAAUUUUAAUGAAAUGUGUAAUAUUAUCAUUGCUUAUAACCUAACGUUUUUUAUACAAACAUGGUCUUAAUGUAAUAGAAGGUAAUUUAUUUUUUUUAUCGCUAAUGUCUCCUUCUUUUUUAAAAUCUAAAAAGUAGAAUAAAUUGUGAGAUAAAUCUUUCCAAAUAUUUUUGAAACCAUAACCAUUUAUUGCGUUUAUAAAAUCCUCUACUCGUUCAAAUCGACUUUCAACUUCAGCUAUCUUUAAUAUACCACCUUUUUUAAGAACUCUACUUGCUUCUAUAAUGUAAUCUUUAAGAUUAGUUCCCAUAAGUGAUAGGCAAAAUACAACAACAUUAACACUAUUUGUUAAUAAGGGUGUAUGUGCUAUAUCACAAGCAGUCACAUUUUUGUUUAGAGAAACAAGAUCAAAAGAAUGUACUUUAUGAGGAACUGUAGUAGCAAGUCUUGCUUCUCCACAUCCAAAAUCAGCAAUUAUGUAUUGCUUUGGCCUAUGACAUGAUUAAUUGAAGCUAUCACAUUAUCAAGGGGGUUUACAGGCCAUUGUUCAACUUGUUGUUUAUAUCCUUCAUGAUAUGCCUUAAAUGCAUCAGGAUCAUUUUUAAAAUAUUUUUUAGAUUCUGAACUUUCGUUAUUAUAAAGAGUUUCAUUUAAAUAUCUGAAUCUAGAAGCUUUUAAUUUAGUCAUCAUUUUUUGUCUUAAAGAUUGCGGUUUCAUGUUUACUUUUUGCUGUUUUUGUUCUUUUUGUUUAUUAGAAAGUAAUUCCUGCAAAUGUUUGAUAUUUAAGUUAUGAUUUCUGGUUACUUGAGGAUCAUCAUUUUUCUUUUUGGAAGUUAUUGAAAAUUUACUAUUUCUUUGUUUCAAUUUCUUUUCUAAUACUUUAUUUAAAUUUUUUUUUUCAUUUAAUUUUUGUUUCUUUUUUGUUUCAGGUUCCAUUUUCUUUGCAAUCUUAUUAUCAUUAAUUGUACUCUUAGAUUGAUCAGAAAUUUUAUUCUUUUUAUUUUGUUUCUGACGUUUUAAUUUUUUGUUAUUAAGGUGCUGAUUUUUUUUAUUUUGAACUUGUUUUCUUACUUUACUUCUACUUUUGUUCUUUACAUUUACUACUUUUAUAGUGUCAGAAUUUAAGAAGUCAGUACAAAUACGUUUUUUGUCAUUCUUGCAUAUUUGUUUUACAGUUUUAUUUAAUUUAUUUUUUGUAGAUUUACUUUUGAACUUCAAAUUCUGAUCUUUAAGAAUGGCGGGUUUAAGUUUAUUUUCGUCGUCUUCUGUCGAUUUUUUCUUUUGACGAUUAUUUUUUUGUUUGACGGUCAUAUUUUUGUCAGAUUUUUUUGCAUCUGUGGCAUUUUUUAAUUUUUUAGCCAUAUUAGUCUUCUAUUAUACUCCUUUGUACGAAACUACGAAUGUUAAUAAAAAUAUAUUUUUACUUUUCACUCUCUGUGGUCUACGAAGAAAGAUCAACACACCUGAUAUGAUUUCUCUCUCUUUUAACUACUUAAAAAAAAUAUUUAAAAGUAUAAGUGGCGGCAGCACGGUAUCUAAUAAAGUAUUCAAGUCUCGAAGUUGUGAUUUAUAUCAUAAAAAUGUUUAAUACAUUCACAAUAGAUGGCGUUUAUUAUAGUAAUUGAUAAGUGCUGCCAUGUUAGACAAGUAAAGGAUAUUGAC